AUGACUUCGUUUACAGAUAGCCCUGCUCAAGGUUCCCAUCUGACUGCUAUGGGUGAGAUCCAACUAAUGGUUGAUAUAUCAACACUAUGUUGUAUCCCCUGGUCUGACCAAGAGAAAAUGGUAUUGGUUGAUAUGCAUUCAACACUCGACCAACCUUGGGACUAUUGUCCAAGGACAACUUUGAGAAGAAUUGCAACUAAAUUGGAAGAAGAAUUUGGUUUGGUUGUAAGUAUUGGUUUUGAGAGUGAGUUUUAUCUUCUAAGAAGGGAAGAUAACAACAAUUGGAUUGCAAUUGAUUCCACGUCAUACUGCUCAGCUGCAACCUUUGAUGGUGCAUCACUUGUUCUGUUAGAAGUUCUUAAAGCUCUUCAAAGCAUGCAUAUUUCUGUAGAGCAGUUGCAUGCAGAGGCAGGAGACGGUCAAUUUGAAGUAGCAUUGGGGUAUUCUUCUUGUGCAUUUGUUACUGACAAUUUAGUCCUCCUAUGA